AUGUCUACUCCAGACCCACCUCUGGGAGGAACACCUUGGCCAGGACCCUCUCCUGGGCCUGGACCAUCCCCUGGUGCUAUGCUGGGCCGUAGUCCUAGACCCUCACCUGGUUCUGCACACAGUAUGAUGGGCCCUAGCCCUGGGCCACCUUCGGCAGGACAUCCCAUACCUCCUCAGGGUCCUGGAGGUUAUCCUCAAGAUAAUAUGCAUCAAAUGCAUAAGCUAAAAUGCUAGCCAAUGGAUUCCAUGCAUGAGAAGGGAAUGUCGGAUGAUCCUUGAUAUAACCAGAUGAAAGGGAUGGGAAUGAGGUCUGGGGGACAUCCUGGGAUGGGGCCUCCUCCAAGCCCAAUGGAUCAGCAUUCUCAAGGUUAUCCCUCUCCUCUGGGUGGCCCUUUGCAUGCCUCAAGUCCUGUUCCAGCUAAUGGCCCAUCCUCAGCCCCACAGAUGUCUUCUGGUCCUGGUAGAGUACCGUUAGAUGGUAGUGACCCACAAGCAUUAGGACAACAAAACCAUGGCCCAACGCCUUUUAAUCAAAACCAGCUGCAUCAGCUCAGAGCUCAAAUUAUGGCCUAUAAAAUGCUGGUGAGGGGACAGCCUUUACUAGAUCACCUGCAGAUGGCAGUGCAGGGGAAAAGACCAAUGCCAGGAAUGCAGCAGCAAAUGCCAACACUACCUCCACCCUCUAUAUCUAUGACAGGAGGACUUGCAGCUCCAAAUUAUAACAGACCUCAUGCUAUGGGUGGGCCAAACAUGCCCCCUCCUGGCCCCUCAGGAGUUCCCCCAGGAAUGCCUGGACAGCCUCCUGGUGGACCCCCAAAGCCCUGGCCUGGAGGGCCCAUGGCAAAUGCUGCAGCCCCCACUAGCACACCUCAGAAACUGAUUCUUCACCAGCCAACUGGGCGUCCUUCACCAGCACCCCCUGCAGUACUUCCUGCAGCUUCUCCUGUCAUGCCACCACAAACACAGUCCCCUGGGCAGCCAGCCCAGCCUGCCCCCAUGGUUCAACUCCAUCAAAAGCAGAAUAGAAUCACUCCUAUCCAGAAGCCAAGAGGACUUGAUCCCCUGGAAAUUUUGCAGGAGAGAGAAUAUAGGUUACAGGCCCAGAUUGCCCAUCAAAUUCAGGAACUUGAAAACCUUCCUGGAUCCCUGGCUGGAGGCUUGAGAACAAAAAUAACCAUUGAACUCAAAGCACUCAGACCCCUGAACUUCCAGAGACAGCUGCGUCAAGAAGUUGUGGUGUGUAUGAGAAGAGACACGGCCCUGGAAACUGCACUGAAUGCCAAGGCUUACAAACGCAGUAAGCGGCAGUCCCUUUGUGAGGCUAGAAUAAUAGAGAAACUGGAGAAGCAGCAAAAGAUUGAACAAGAGCAGAAAGGCCUUCAAAAGCACCAGGAAUACCUCAAUAACAUUCUUCAACAUGCCAAGGAUUUCAAAGAAUACCAUCGAUCUGUCACUGGCAAAAUCCAAAAACUUACAAAAGCUGUGGCUACAUACCAUGCCAAUACUGAGCGGGAGCAGAAGAAAGAUGAACGGAUUGAGAAGGAGAGGAUGCGAAGACUAAUGACUGAAGAUGAAGAAGGAUAUAGGAAGCUUAUUGACCAGAAGAAAGAUAAGCGUCUAGCAUACCUACUUCAGCAGACAGAUGAAUAUGUGGCUACCCUUACAGAACUGGUCCGACAACACAAGGCUGCACAAGUUGCCAAGGAAAAAAAGAAGAAAAGGAAAAAGAAGCCUUUGGAUGAAACUAAUCAGAUGAGUGAUCUCCCUGUGAAAGUGAUCCAUGUAGGAAGUGGGAAAAUCCUCACUGGCACAGAUGCCCCCAAAGCAGGACAGUUGGAGGCAUGGCUAGAGAUGAAUCCAGGAUAUGAAGUGGCACCAAGAUCUGACAGUGAAGAGGGCGGUUCAGAAGAGGAGGAGGAGGAAGAAGAACAGCCACAACCAUCACAGCCUACCCUCCCUGUGGAUGACAAGAAAAAGAUCCUAGAUCCAGAUAGCGAUGAUGCUUCUGAAGUUGAUGCAAGACAUAUUAUUGAGAAUGCCAAGCAAGAUGUUGAUGAUGAGUAUGGUGUCUCCCAAGCCCUUGCUCGUGGUCUGCAGUCAUAUUAUGCUGUGGCCCAUGCAGUCACUGAAGAGGUGGACAAACAGUCUACACUUAUGGUGAAUGGUGUACUCAAACAAUACCAGAUUAAGGGUUUGGAGUGGCUGGUGUCCUUAUAUAAUAAUAAUCUGAAUGGCAUCCUGGCAGAUGAAAUGGGCCUCGGCAAAACUAUUCAUACAAUUGCUUUAAUUACAUACCUCAUGGAACACAAGCGGAUCAACGGACCUUUCCUCAUCAUAGUACCUCUUUCAACUCUGUCAAAUUGGGCAUAAGAAUUUGAUAAGUGGGCUCCUUCUGUGGUGAAGGUGUCCUACAAGGGCUCUCCAGCAGCGAGAGGAGCUUUUGUACCUCAGCUUCGGAGUGAGAAAUUCAAUGUCUUGCUAACUACGUAUGAAUACAUCAUAAAAGAUAAGCACAUUCUUGCCAAGAUUCGCUGGAAGUAUAUGAUUGUAGAUGAAGGUCACAGGAUGAAGAAUCAUCACUGCAAACUAACACAGGUCCUGAACACACACUAUGUAGCUCCCCGAAGCCUGCUACUGACAGGGACACCCCUGCAGAACAAGCUACCUGAGCUGUGGGCACUCCUCAAUUUCCUCCUCCCAACCAUCUUCAAGAGCUGCAGCACCUUUGAGCAGUGGUUCAAUGCUCCCUUUGCCAUGACAGGAGAAAAAGUAGACCUGAAUGAAGAAGAAACUAUUCUGAUUAUCAGACGUUUACACAAAGUGCUACAUCCUUUCCUGCUCAGACGGUUAAAGAAAGAAGUUGAAGCCCAAUUACCUGAAAAGGUGAUCAAGUGCGAUAUGUCUGCACUGCAUCGAGUCCUCUACCAGCACAUGCAAGCCAAGGGCGUGCUCCUGACUGAUGGCUCAGAGAAGGGCAAGAAGGGUGGCACCAAGACACUGAUGAACACCAUCAUCAUGCAGCUAAGGAAAAUCUGCAACCAUCCUUACAUGUUCCAGCACAUAGAGGAGUCAUUCUCUGAGCACUUGGGAUUUACUGGAGGCAUUGUCCAAGGCCUGGAUUUAUACCGAGCCUCUGGAAAGUUUGAACUCCUAGAUCGAAUUCUUCCCAAACUCCGAGCAACCAACCAUAAAGUGCUGCUCUUCUGCCAGAUGACCUCUCUCAUGACCAUCAUGGAGGAUUACUUUGCAUAUCGUGGCUUUAAAUACCUCAGGCUCGAUGGAACCACGAAAGUUGAAGACCGUGGUAUGUUGCUGAAAACCUUCAAUGAACCCGAUUCUGAGUAUUUCAUUUUUCUCCUGAGUACUCGAGCUGGGGGUCUUGGGCUGAACCUACAGUCUGCAGAUACUGUAAUAAUUUUUGACAGUGACUGGAAUCCGGACUUACAAGCACAGGACUGUGCCCAUCGUAUUGGGCAGCAAAACGAAGUCCGGGUUCUCCGUCUCUGAGUCAAUAGUGUGGAAGAGAAGAUCUUGGCCGCAGCCAAAUACAAGCUAAAUGUUGAUCAGAGGGUUAUCCAGGCUGGUAUGUUUGACCAGAAAUCCUCCAGCCAUGAAAGAAGAGCUUUCCUCCAAGCAAUCCUAGAGCAUAAGGAGCAGGAUGAGGAAGAAGAUGAAGUUCCAGAUGACCAGACCGUUAAUCAGAUGAUCGCCCAUAAUGAAGAGCAACUUGAUCUUUUCAUGCGAAUGGAUUUGGAUCAUAGGCGAGAGGAAGCUCGAAACCCCAAAAGAAAGCCACGCCUGAUGGAAGAAGAUGAGCUUCUAUCUUGGAUCAUUAAGGAUGAUGCUGAAGUUGAGAGACUGACAUGUGAGGAAGAAGAAGAAAAGAUGUUUGGACGCGGCUCCCGCCACCAUAAAGAAGUCGACUGCAGUGACUUGCUGACCGAGAAGCAGUGGCUCAAGGUCAUAGAGGAAGGUACACUGGAGGAAAUCGAGGAAGAAGUCCGGCAGAAGAAGUCAUCUUGAAAACGCAAACGGGACAGCGAUGCCAGCUCCUCAAUGCCAACAACCACCACUCGCAGCCGUGACAAGAGUGAUGUUAGCAAAAAGCAAAAGAAACGUGGCAGACCCGUUGCUGAAAAGCUCUCCCCAAACCCACCAAACCUCACCAAGAAAAUUAAGAUUGUGGAUGCUGUGAUCAAAUACAAAGACAGUAGUGGACGCCAGCUGAGCGAGAUGUUUAUUCGGCUUCCUUCCCGCAAAGAGCUGCCAGAGUGCUACGACCUCAUCGGAAAACCUGUGGACUUCAAGAAAAUAAAGGAAAGGAUCUAUAACCACAAGUACCGUAGCCUCAAUGACCUAGAGAAGGACGUGAUGCUGCUGUGUCAGAAUGCCCAGACCUUCAACCUGGAAGGUUCAUUGAUCUACGAAGACUCCAUUGUUCUACACUCUGUUUUCACCAGUGUGCGACAGAAAAUUGAAAAAGAGGAUGAUAGCGAAGGAGAAGAAAGUGAAGAGGAAGAAGAGGGAGAAGAGGAAGGAUCUGAAUCUGAGUCUCGCUCUGUCAAAGUGAAGAUUAAGCUUGGCGGAAAAGCACAAGACCGGUUAAAGGGUCGGAGACGCACCAGCCGGGGAUCCCAAGCCAAACCAGUCGUGAGUGAUAAUGACAGUGAAGUAGAACAGGAGGAAGAUCGCUCAGGAAGUGGCAGCGAAGAAGACUAAAGCGGACAUUCCACGAUGAAGACCCCGAGAGCCCCUCUUCCUUUAGCUGUAACAGGUAGCAACAAAUAUAGUAUCAGACUCCAGUAAACUGUAUAAAACUCUUCCAUAUUUAUACUGCAGAGAAGAUGUAGGACUGUUUGUGUCUUGCCUUGUCCUGACAUCAGUAGCGUUUGUAACAGCAUUAACUGUUU